UAGAUCCCUGCCAUUUACCUCCAGUGCUUCUACCGAGGGAGUUCGAGAAACAGCGCGUCUAGGAUUUUGUGUAACAGGCAGCGUCCUGAACUAAACGUCUGCAUGUUUUGUUCAAGUCUGCCCUGGAAAUAAAGUGGAAGAUCGUUGUUGCUUUUUUGAUCCCCCACUCUAAAGGAUGAGUGGACCGACAUAUGACAGGAAGAUACCCGGUUUUUCAACCGAUCUUUCAGGCUCUAUGAGUUGCCAUCCGACUUCCAAGGACUCUCCGACUCUUCCAGAGUCUUCGGCUACAGACAUGGGUUAUUACAGCAGCCAUCACGAGUACUACCAGAGUCCUCCAUACCCUCAACACAUGAAUUCAUAUCAUCAGUUUAAUCUGGCAGGGAUGGGGGCAUCAGCCGGACCUUACCCCACUAAGACAGAGUACCCUUACAAUACUUACAGACAGUAUGGACAUUACAACAGAGACCUGCAGACGCCACCUCAAAGCGGAGUCAAAGAGGAACUAGAGACUGAAGUUCGGAUGGUAAACGGAAAACCCAAGAAAAUCCGCAAGCCGCGCACCAUUUACUCGAGUUACCAGCUCGCCGCGCUGCAGCGCCGCUUCCAGAAGGCGCAGUAUCUGGCGCUGCCGGAGAGAGCCGAGCUCGCCGCUCAGCUGGGGCUCACGCAGACACAGGUCAAAAUCUGGUUCCAGAAUCGGAGAUCCAAGUUCAAGAAACUUUACAAGAACGGCGAGGUUCCGCUGGAGCACAGCCCGAACGCCAGCGACUCCAUGGCCUGCAACUCGCCUCCAUCCCCGGCUGUUUGGGACAAUAACGCGCACUCUAGCCAGGUCAACCGGGGGCAGAUCCCCCAGACACCCCUCAGUUCAACACCCCCCUACAUGGAAGAUUACAGCAAUCACUGGUAGCAGCAGGGAUCACAUUUACAGCAUCCAGUGCACCACCCAGGACCACCUCAGAGCGUGGGGGCCGUGUAUUAAUAGACACUGAUGGAAGAGUUUAAUAUAAGAGGAAGACUUUUGAAAAACUCAAUAUAAAUAAGCUGAGAGAUGCUCCGCGAGUAUCUGGAGUGGGACAGCACACAUGUGUUGGCGUUCUGUGUACUGUUUAAACGCGUAUAUGUCGAUAUAUGAAUGCUUUGUGUUGAAAUAACAGUAGUGUAAUAUUAAUAAUAACAAUGUUUCAAUGUGUCCCGGCUACUCAUAUGCACAUAGGUGUAGGUGAAACAAUGUAAAGGAGGUUUAGAGUGGUUUUAAAUUAUUAUGUUUUAUGACUUUCUUUAUUUUCAUGUUUUGUUCAUUGAGGCGAAUAUUAAAAUGUUUUUAAAGAACGAUUGAACCCCAAUUUGUUUCGUUAUCAGCCUCACCACCCACAGUGUGGGCUGGUGUCGCGCGCGUCAGAGACUCAGGACAUAAGUUAUAUAGACUUGUACAAAAUGUUGAAAGCUGUACAUAUGUGUUUAAAUAAAGCAGAACCACUAAAUUCGUGUUACUUAAGACAGAGACUGCACGCGGGUGCUCGAACCAUUUUUUUAUUAUUAUUAUUAUCUAUUGUUGUAGUAGUUCUAUUGUUAUGCUGUCAAAAUGAAUAAAUGCGAAUUGAAAAUA